AUGGGGUCAAUCGACGUCUACGCCCGCGUGCGGCCCCUUCUACAGCGCGAGCUCCAUGAAGAAGCGCCGCGCGUCGUCCAGACCACCGACGGCGUAGUGGCGGUUCAGGUGGAGACGGACGGGACGCUACGGGAGCGGCGCUUCCGCUUCGGGCGCGUCUUCGGCGAAGCGACGACGCAAGCCCAGGUCUUUACGGCAUGCGCCCUGCCGCUCGUCGAUGCGGUCAUGAAUGGCGCGUCGGCGUGCUGCCUGUCCUACGGUCAGACCGGCACCGGCAAAACACAUACGAUGCUCGGCGCCAUGGACGGCCUCAUUCCGCGUUGUAUGGGCGCGCUGUUCGAGCGCGUCGACGGCGCUCGUGUCUCGUACGUCGAGAUCCACAACGAACGCGUCGCGGAUUUGCUGUCGGACCGAACGUCGUUGGAUAUCAGGGACGACUGUGGGGUUGUCGGUGCCGAAGUCGUCGAUGUGUCUUCAUUAGAUGAGGUCCUCGACGUGUUGCGGUUGGGCGCGGAGCGACGCGCGAUUGCGUCGACGGACUUGAAUGAAAGAAGUAGUAGGAGCCACACGAUCUUCUCCGUGGAGGUGAAUGGCGCGACCUUGCGACUGGCCGAUCUAGCUGGUUCUGAAAAGUGGCGGACCGAAGAGCUCCGGGACUACUCGAAGCAUCGGAUCAAGGAACUCACGAGCAUCAACCAAUCACUCUCAGCACUGGCGAACGUCGUAAGUGCCUUGAAGGACGGGCGGCCCCACGUGCCGUAUCGCGCGUCGAAGCUCACACGUUUAUUAAGGGACGCCUUUUGUGGAGGGCGCUGCGCCUUCGUGGCGACGCUCUCACCUUCAUCAUUGUGCGCCGACGAGACCAUAUCUACCUUACACUUCGCGCGGCGGGCCAUGCGCGUGCGGACCUUCGCGUGUGAGGUCGCGCCCGAGAUUACCUCUGGAAAUAAUCCGCGGCGCGUGCGCGAGCUCGAGGCGGCUCUGCAAAGCGCGCGCGCGGAGAUCGCGCGGCUUCGUCGCGGGUCUGCGGCCGCCGACGCGUCUAAGGACGCGUCGGAGGUCGCCGACGCGAAGGUACUCUGCGAGCGGCGCCGGGUUUUAGUGGACGAGUGGGACACCGCCGCCGACGCGGAAACCCGAGAAGCCUGGCUCCACGACUACCACGCGUGGCUCCGGGCCCUGCCGCCCUUGCUGCCCGAGGACCUCGCCGGCGCGUCCGUCGAGCUGCGCGAGCGCGUGCGCCUCAUGGAGGCCGCGGUCCUCGUCCAGGCCGAGGUCCUCGCCUGUGUGGAAAUCAACCAGUGAGUUAGGUUGCGUCGAUGGCGUGGGGCGCCCGACAUUUGAUUCCACACAGGUCCUCGCGGCGCGGACGACGGCGACAAAGCCGCUCGCGGCGGCGAACUCGCCGCGGUGGCGGACGACGGGCAGCGCCAAAGCCGACUUGCUUCGAAGCGUCGGCGCGGACCCCGGCGCCGUCGACGAGCUCGCCGCGGCCGCGGCCCGGGCCCGCGCCCGCGCGAACUACGAGAUAAUGUGACACAACAUAUAAA